AUGAAUGAAAAUACAAAAAACAGCGGUGUCGCUAAUAAUGGGGCGGUAGGAACUGCAAGAGGUCCACAAACGGUAUCUCCGUCUUCAGCGUCCUCACGUACAAUGCGACAAGUAUCUCUUUUAGAUGGACGAUAUAUUUUACAACAUCGUAUUGGUAGUGGUGCCUUUGGAGAUCUCUAUCAGGGAGUAGAUACCAAACGUAAUGUUCAGGUAGCAGUGAAGUUAGAAAAGCGUAUGGCUACGUGUCCACAGUUAUCUUAUGAGAGUAAAGUGUAUACGGUGUUGCAUCGUGGAUCUUCACGGCCUAUUGGUAUUCCAAAGAUAUAUCAAUUCAACACAGAUGGGGAUUACAAUAUACUUGUAAUGGAACUCUGUGGACCAUCAUUGGAAGAUCUCUUUAACUAUUGUGGUCGUCGUUUCUCACUAAAGACGGUAUGUAUGCUUGCAGAUCAGAUCCUGCAGCGGGUUGAGUUUAUACAUACCAAAGGUUUCAUUCAUCGUGAUAUUAAACCAGAGAAUUUUGUAUUUGGUCUUGGUAAAAAAGGUCACAUCCUCUAUCUCAUUGAUUAUGGUCUUAGUAAACAAUACUGGGAUAAACGCAAACAGGCACAUAUUCCCUUUGCGGUGCAGAAACCAGUUACUGGCACGGCCCGUUACUGCAGUACAUGGACACAUCUCGGCUUUGAACAAAGUCGACGUGAUGAUAUGGAGUCGGUGGGAUUUAUUUUAGUUUAUUUUCUUUCCGGUGCUCUCCCUUGGCAAGGGAUUCCCGUAAAGGAUUUACAUGCCAAGACCGUACAAAUAGGUAUAAAGAAGAAUGAGACGUCAUUAGAGGAACUCUGUGCAGGAUUACCAGAGGAGGUAUUAUUCUAUUGUACAUAUUGUAGAAAAUUAAAGUUUGCGGAAAAACCGGAUUAUGAAGUCCUACGGGAUUUAUUUCGUCGAUUGGCAAAAAGACAUCAUUUCUUGCAUACACCACUGCCAUCUAUGCAAUCCCUUGCAGAGGCCAGCGAGACCUGUACAAGUGCCGCUUCCCACACAAAUGAAGGAAAUAGUAAUAAUAAUAAUAAUAAUAAUAAUAAUAAUAGUGGGGGAAAUAAUAAUAGUGGGGGAAGUCAUAGUAAUAGUAAUCACCUGCAGUUGAUGUUAGGAUAUGAUUGGAUGUUUGAUUGGUUUGUCAAACGUGUAGAAGAACUGCGUUUAGGGGGCAAACAAUUGGAUGAUAAUAGUAGUGUUAGUGAAAAUGUAAUGCUAAACAGUGGUGUUCCUGUAAUGGUGAUGAAUGGUGAUAGUAAGAUAGCGAUCCCUAAUGGCGGUAAACAUGCUUAG